AUGAGUCCACGACAGAAGCAUCUUCUAGCAGUCGAUCCUGAUCGGCCCGCAAAGAGACAACAAAAUGCACUAGUUGCAGCAAACCACCAGGAAGUUGCUUCAGCCGCAGGGUUGAGUCAAUCUUUGCCGGGUGAAAAAGAGCAAAAUUUCAAGGACGAUCGCCUUGACCGUCUCGAAAGAGCCCUCGAAGAUUCCGUCUCGCGCUACGCCCAGGACUGGUCUCCCGACGCCGAGCUACUGAGAAGAGUAGAAGCUCUCGAGUCAUGGGGCGCUAUUCACAGCGCCGCCAACGACCGGUUGCAUGUGAAAAAUCAACUUCUUGAGCGCCAAAUCGAAAGUAUCCGAGCGGAAAAGAAGACGGCUAUAAACCAAUUGAGAGAGAACGAGCGCAUUCACCAUGAAAGCCUGACCCAGGCAUGA